UUGCCUUGAAUUUGCGAAUCUUCUUGUCGCCCCCACGCAAUUCUACAUCUUAAGCCAAGACCUCCGCAGUUGACGCCCGCGCCGCACCACCUCCAAUCCCAUUCACGCUCCCCAACCACCUGUCUUCUUCAGACCGCCACCGCCGCCGCGCGAGAGGAGACACAAUGUCAGGAGGGAAGAGAGAUGUUCGGAAUCACUAUCUCUUCGAGGUAGCCACUGAGGUCGCCAACCGAGUUGGGGGGAUCUACUCCGUCCUCAAGUCCAAGGCACCCGUCACUACCGCCGAAUAUGGGGACCGGUAUACCCUCAUCGGGCCUCUGAAUAGGCAAUCGGCCGCUGUCGAGGUCGAAACUCUGACCCCAACCAAUCCCCAGCUUGCCGCCACUAUCGAGGCUAUGGAAGAGCGAGGGAUUAGCAUGAUAUACGGUCGCUGGUUGAUUGAGGGAGCUCCACGUGUGUUGUUGAUUGACACGAAGACCGCAUACCGAUUCCUGGAUGAGUGGAAGGCAGACUUGUGGAACACAGCUGCCAUCCCUUCUCCCGCUGGAGAUGCCGAGACCAAUGAAGCCAUUGUCUUUGGCUACCUGGUAGCCUGGUUCCUCGGAGAGUUUGUCGCCCACGAGAAAGAACGUGCGGUCAUCGCACACUUCCACGAGUGGCUAUCUGGUGUCGCCCUGCCAUUGUGUAAGAAGCGUCGCAUCGAUGUCACGACGAUAUUCACUACGCAUGCCACCCUUCUCGGGCGGUACCUCUGCGCCGGAUCCGUCGAUUUCUACAAUAAUCUACAAUACUUUGAUGUGGAUGCGGAGGCCGGGAAUCGGGGGAUUUACCACCGGUAUUGCAUUGAGAGAGCGGCCACACACGCCGCCGAUGUCUUUACAACCGUUUCCCAUAUCACUGCAUACGAGAGCGAGCACCUUCUGAAGCGCAAGCCUGAUGGUGUUCUACCCAACGGUCUCAAUGUCACCAAGUUCUCAGCCAUGCACGAGUUCCAAAACCUGCAUCAACAGGCGAAGGAAAAGAUUCAUGACUUUGUACGUGGGCACUUCUACGGACACAAUGACUUCGACCCGGGGAACACGCUCUACUUCUUCACGGCCGGACGAUACGAAUACCGGAAUAAGGGUGUCGACAUGUUCAUCGAGUCGUUGGCACGUCUGAACCAUCGUCUCAAGUCUUCUGGCUCUAAGAUGACAGUUGUCGCCUUCAUCAUCAUGCCAGCUCAAACUCACUCCUUGACUGUGGAGGCUCUGAAAGGGCAGGCAGUUAUCAAAUCUUUGCGGGAUACCGUUGAUGUUAUCGAGCGCGGGGUUGGAAAGCGAAUCUUCGAGCGAGCUCUCAGGUGGCAUGAUGGAGACCCAAUGCCGGAUGACAAGGACCUCAUCAGCAGCCAGGAUCGAGUUUUGCUCCGGAGGCGGUUGUUCGCCAUGAAAAGACAUGGUCUGCCCCCGAUCGUCACCCACAACAUGGCAAACGAUGCCGAGGAUCCAAUUUUGAACCAAAUCAGACGGGUCCAGCUAUUCAAUCACCCCUCUGACCGCGUAAAGAUUGUCUUCCACCCCGAAUUCUUGAACUCCGCGAACCCUGUCCUUCCCAUGGAUUACGACGAGUUUGUCCGAGGUACCCAUCUGGGCGUCUUCCCAUCCUACUACGAGCCGUGGGGGUACACUCCAGCCGAGUGUACCGUGAUGGGUGUUCCUAGCAUCACAACGAACCUGUCAGGUUUCGGUUGCUAUAUGGAUGAGCUGAUUGAGAAUUCUACCGACUACGGGAUCUACAUCGUGGACCGCCGCAUGAAGGGCGUCGACGACUCUGUCAACCAACUGACCUCCUUCAUGUUCGAUUUUGCUGGCAAGUCAAGACGUCAACGGAUCAACCAAAGAAACCGCACAGAACGUCUCAGCGAUCUCCUUGAUUGGAAACGCAUGGGUCUGGAAUACGUGAAAGCUCGCCAACUCGCCCUGCGAAGAGCCUAUCCAGCAUCAUUCGAGGGCCAGGAUGCCGACUAUGAUUUCAUCCCAGGGGUGGAACAGAAGAUCUCUCGCCCCUUCUCCGUGCCAGGGUCCCCGAAAGAUAGGAGCGGGAUGAUGACUCCGGGUGACUUCGCGAGCCUGCAAGAAGGUCGUGAAGGUCUGAGCACAGAGGAUUACGUGGCAUGGAAGUUACCUGAGGAAGAGGAUCCUGAUGAGUACCCGUUCCCUCUGACGCUGAGGACCAAGCGAUCCACGGGUCCAACCAGCCCGGCUGGCGGGGUGAUCACGAAUGGAAGCUGAUGAAAGACAGAGUAUGGUUUGAGAGCCAAAUUUAUGAGGGAAUUAGAGAAGCCGUAGAGGGAGAAGAAGAGUGGUUCGAAUCCUGGAGUGGGGAGACGCAAGAGUAGGAAUAUGACGAGGGAAGAGAUGCAAGAGGCUCGAGAGGGCGGAAACUGAUGAAAACCAACUAUGUACCAAGGUUUUCUAUUUGUCUGUGCUUUGCGUUCAUUGUUCUGCGUGGCAUACAUUUCUCUUACCCUGCAUCGAAACUGCCUCCUGCUUGCUU